AAGUCCUCCUUUGUCAAUCCCUCUUCUCAACUAUGUAACGUUACUUACUACUCACCACUCACUCCCAUUCAUUCUUUGCUUCCUGCAAUUCCUUCUUUUCUCUCUCAAAAACCCUAAUUCCCAAUUUCCCCAAUCGCUUCUUCCUUCUCGCCCCGUCGCUAGGCGCUUUAGGGUUCCGAUUCGCCGGGGAAGAUGAGCACGCAGAAGAAGCGCGCGUUCCAGAUAGAGGCGUUCAAGCACCGCGUGGUGGUCGAUCCCAAGUACGCCGAGAAGACAUGGAAGGUUCUAGAACACGCUAUCCACGAGAUAUACAACCACAACGCCAGUGGACUUAGCUUUGAAGAGCUUUACCGGAAUGCUUAUAAUAUGGUGCUACACAAAUUUGGGGAGAAACUUUACACAGGACUUGUGACGACCAUGACUGCUCAUCUAAAAGAAAUUUCUCAAUCAAUUGAAUCUGCUCAAGGAGAAAUUUUCUUGGAUGAGCUCAAUAGGAAGUGGGUAGAUCAUAACAAGGCAUUGCAAAUGAUCCGAGAUAUACUGAUGUACAUGGAUCGAACAUUUAUACCUAGCAACCAUAAAACACCUGUUCAUGAGCUUGGAUUGAAUCUUUGGAGAGAUGUUGUGAUCCAUUCCAGCAAAACUCAGGCUAGGCUUCUAGAUACGCUUCUUGAGCUUGUGCUUAGGGAAAGGAAUGGUGAGGUGAUAAACAGAGGAUUGAUGAGAAAUAUAAUAAAGAUGCUUAUGGAUUUGGGUUUGCCUGUUUACCAGCAUGACUUUGAGAAGCAUUUUCUUGAUGUAUCAGCAAAUUUUUACUGUUGUGAGUCCCAGAAAUUCAUUGAAACUUGUGAUUGUGGUGAUUAUCUGAAAAAAGCUGAGAGACGUUUAAAUGAAGAGUUGGAGAGAGUAUCUCAUUACUUGGAUCCUAGGAGUGAGUCAAAGAUAACUAAUGUGGUGGAGAAGGAGAUGAUUGAAAGCCAUAUGCACACUCUAGUUCAUAUGGAGAACUCAGGCCUAGUUAGUAUGCUUGUAGAUGACAAAUAUGAAGACUUGCAAAGAAUGUAUAAUUUGUUUCGCAGGGUGCCUACCGGGCUCACAAUUGUUAAAGAAGUCAUGACUUCCUUUAUACGGGAUACAGGUAAACAGCUAAUUAUGGAUCCUGAAAGGUUGAGAGAUCCUGUAGAUUUUGUUCAACGCCUGUUAGAUUUGAAGGAUAAAUAUGACAAGGUUAUUACAAUGUCUUUUAAUAAUGAUAAGACAUUUCAGAAUGCCUUGAAUUCCUCUUUUGAAUAUUUCAUCAAUUUGAAUGCCCGGUCUCCAGAGUUCAUCUCUUUGUUUGUGGAUGACAAACUUCGCCGAGGGUUGAAAGGGGUUGGUGAGGAGGAUGUGGAGAUUGUACUAGACAAAGUAAUGAUGCUCUUCCGGUACCUACAGGAGAAGGAUGUGUUUGAGAAAUAUUACAAGCAACAUUUGGCAAAAAGGCUUCUUUCAGGGAAGACUAUAUCUGAUGAUGCAGAAAGGAGUUUGAUUGUUAAGCUCAAAACAGAAUGCGGAUAUCAAUUCACUUCUAAGUUAGAGGGUAUGUUUACUGACAUGAAGACUUCUCAUGACACAAUGCAGGGUUUCUAUGCUGGCCAAGGUACUGAGUUGGGGGACGGCCCUACACUAUCUGUCCAGGUGCUUACGACAGGAUCAUGGCCUACUCAGCCUAGCCCACCGUGUAAUCUUCCACAAGAAAUAUUGGGUGUAUGUGACAAGUUUCGAACAUAUUAUCUGGGCACACACAAUGGUAGGAGAUUGUCCUGGCAAACUAAUAUGGGGACUGCUGAUUUGAAAGCAACAUUUGGUAAAGGCCAAAAGCACGAGUUGAAUGUUUCCACAUACCAAAUGUGUGUACUAAUGCUUUUCAACAACGUUGAGCAGUUGACUUGUAAGGAGAUAGAGCAAGCCACAGCCAUUCCCAUGUCAGAUUUGAGGAGGUGCCUUCAGUCUCUUGCCUGUGUGAAAGGAAAAAAUGUUCUUCGAAAAGAGCCAAUGAGCAAGGACAUAGCAGAGGAUGAUGCAUUCUUCUUUAAUGACAAAUUCACAAGCAAGUUCUUCAAGGUAAAGAUAGGCACUGUCGUUGCACAGAGGGAAUCUGAACCAGAAAACCUAGAAACUCGGCAAAGAGUGGAGGAAGACAGAAAGCCACAGAUCGAGGCAGCAAUUGUGAGGAUAAUGAAAUCAAGACGAACUCUAGAUCAUAAUAAUAUUGUGGCUGAGGUCACUAAGCAGCUGCAGUCACGGUUUUUACCUAAUCCUGUUGUUAUUAAGAAAAGAAUUGAAUCCCUUAUUGAGCGUGAGUUUUUGGAGAGGGAUAAAGUGGACAGAAAACUGUAUCGCUAUCUUGCUUGAACUGUGUAUUUGCUUCUUUUGUUGGCACUCCAGCUUGUGAUUGUCUGUCAUGAGUUAGAUGCUCAUCAUAAAAUAUUUCUGCCAAGUAGUGUAACUCUCCUUUGCAUAUCAACAAAACGUAGACUUGUUAGGUUCA